CAGCAAUGAAAGUAACUAAUCUGUUGUGUAGGACUGGUAGGGCACCAUCCCCAUCUGCAACUGCAAGCACACCAACUGUUCGAAGAAAUUCCCAUUAGAGCCCCGCCGAACAGAAACCCGAUCUGAAACGCUGAAACCAUGAUUCAGAAGCCGAUUCGCCCCUUGGUGACCACCGCCGCUUUCGUUUUCGGCGGAUUGGUGGCUGUUAACGUGACUUCCACCCUCGCCGUCAACGCUCUCCGCCACGCCGCCGAACUCAAACGGGUAACCCGAACAACCGAUCGUACCAAAUUCGUUUCACUCUCCUGGUGCCGUUAUAUGUAGAAUUUUCAAAUUCUGAGAGAUGGGUUUUCUGUUUUACGUCCUUACCCGCCAGAAAAAAGUUGCUUUGCCAUGUGGGGUUUGCCGAGGGAAAGGGUUCUACAUCUGCAAACUGUGCAAUGGAAAUGCGACCCUAGAAUGGUCGCCACUGUUCGACCCAGUCGCCAUGAACCCUUGCCUCUGCCCUACCUGCGACGGCAACAGAGUCCAGCGAUGUUUGAACUGUCUUGGAAACGGCUACAGUUAAUUUGCCACCACUCUGCCAGAAGGUUAGGAACAGCAGACUGAGACUGCCAUGUUGGCCUAGGGCCAGAAGUGGGUUUCUGUGGCUUUGAAUUGGGUAGUAAAUGUUAGUGGGAAGUGGGAUUUGAUUAGCAAGAUCUAAUCAAUUAUCAAUGAUUCCAUGUUGUUAAUACAACAAACUUAGAGCUGCUCCAAAUCAACCAACCAUCAUACCAUUAUUGAUUUGGGGGUCCUGCUGGAAACCUCAAUUAUUUGUAUUUAUUCGAUCAUGUGAGUUAUUAUUGACAAAAGUUGCAUGGCAAUGAUAUAGGCCAGAUGACAAAACUCACAAAUGGGG